AUGGUACUGGGAUUGGACUACCUCAAAAACAAAGUAGUGGGCAAGGGUGAGUCGUACAUUCUCGGCUUCAUCCCUAACAUCUUCCGAUACAUUUCUCUUUUGUGGGGAUACUUUCAGGUGCAUGUUCUGACCACUCUUGCCAACCAGAAGAAGUGGCGCAUUCUAGUGGUACAGAAUGUAGCACGGGGGAGCGAUCCCUCUACAAGUUCAUACGAAGAGAAGUUCUUCACUGUAUGGAAUAACUGGAUCCUCCUGGGCCUCUACAGGCUGAUCAAUGGCUCCACCACUCUCUUCAACACGACUCAGAUCGACAAGGCCGCCACUGCGGUCAUCUCAGAGUACUACUACAAUUUCUCUCCUGAAAAGACACGCCCCUUCGCCGAGAGCCUCUACAUUCUCAAUUGUGAGAUCAUUCUGGGCCGACGAGUUGACAUGACUGCAUACUUCAAGAAGUCUGUGAGCGACGACUCGCAGCUCAAAGGUGGUUUCAUUCCCAACGAAGACUCCAAGAACCAGCUUCUGAACGCUCUGGUGCUCUAUGAACUGCCUCGAUACACAGGAGUGUCGUUCGAUGACCGACAGGAAGCUCUGGAGCUGUCUCUCGCCAUUAUUGGAGCUCUCAAUGACACCAAGAUUGACCUUAUCAAGCUCUCCGAGACACCUGUCACCUGGGCUACUGCUAGCAAGAAGUUGAUGGAUAUCCCUGCUACUGCUCAAAAGAUCCCGCACCAGGAUGUGGUGAAGGGUGCUCCUUCUUCCAAGGGUGAGAUCCAGUGGGAGAACUUUGGUUUCCAAGGCAAAGAUCCGUCCACUGACUUUCGAGGUUCUGGAAUGUUGGGCUUGGAGGCUUUUCGACACUUUUACUUGUUUGAUCCCGCUGAAUCUACCAAGCUGAUGACACAAUCCGGGGCAACAGACCCUGGUGAGACCUGGUACCCUCCUGCCCUCAUCAGCAUCAAUGUUGUGUCCCAUCUGCGAGACAUGCUCGUUGCCGGACAGCUGGACCGGGGCUUCAUUCUCAACAUUAAUGGCGAGCUCUUGAAGCGAAUUGGAACCCUGGCGUUCCACGAGAAUGACAAGAAGAAGCAGGACUACUUUUUCGAGAUCAGAGGCGAGCUUGAUCGGGAGUUCAAGGAGGUUUUCUACAGACUACACGAGCAUCUUGUCUACAAGUUCCAUCUCUUCUGGAAGCAUGGUGUGCAGGAGAAGAAGAUUCAGAGCGUUCUGCAGACUGACAACCACCUGAAGAUCUUCCUGGAGAAAUACGACGCAAACCUGCGACGGGGAGACUGGAAAUAA